GAAAGGAGGAGGGGCAGCGGCGCGGGCGCGCCCACCUCGUUUGCGCGGUGACGUUGGCUCCUCUUCCUCCCCCUGGUGGCUCCCCGCUUCCUCCUUCCCACCACUACUGCCUCACAGAGACCGUGACCCGUCGUCGCCUCCUCCUCCUCCUCUGCUGCUGCUGCCCUUCCGUGCCGUUUCCUCCUCUCUUCGCCGCGGCGGCGAUGUGACUCCCCUCUCCUGGCUCGGCCCGCCCCAGCUGCGCGGCGAACAUGGCGGAGGUGAGCGAGAGCCGCGGGCGGCGGCGGCGAGGGGGAUGGAAAGGGAGGGAAGGAGGGCGGCGGGUAGAAACGGGGAGGAAGAGGAGGAGGCCGGAGGGGAGAGUCUAGUCGGGGCCCGGCCGGGAACUUGUUGCGCGGCCGCUGCCUGCCCGCCUCUGUGCUUUCGCUUCCCACAAGUUAAGUUCCAGGGGCGGGAAAGGAGGGAGGUCCCGAGACGGGCCUGGCGUGCUGGGUGGGGAACUUGCCGCCUCCCCACCCGGCCCACCGAGGUCCGUGAGGGCGCACCGGCCCUUCUGGAACUUGGGAGGAUGGCUGGGUGCGGGGAGAGCUGGGAGUGAGGACCGGCGGGAGAGGAAAUGUUGUUGUCGUCUCUCUUUAGGGUGGGGGAAGAGGAGGGUCGUUUACUAUGAUAGGGGUGGGGAGAGAGAAGCAGCUUUUCCUGUUCGGGGCCGUCAGGAUUCGCCCCCCCCCCAUUACGACCUCCCUUGCUUUCUACAGAAGCGGGGUGAGGGUGGGGGAGAAGGAAUGUUCCUGGGGAAUUAAGAAAGCUUUGUUUAUCUUUAGGAAGACGCAUUAUGUUUAAUUCCGCCCCCCCCCAACAAAAAACCCACCUCCAAAUCUGUUCUUGGUAGGAGAUUUCAGUCGUGUCUCUUCGGAAAGAGAGUUGCUCUUUCCCCCCUUUUAAAGGGAGAGGCAGUAUGCACUUUGACUAGCAUUGUUCUGGCACAUUACGUUGUAAAAAAAUUAAAUUGGGCUGCAAUAUGAUGUAUUAUCAUCCACAGCACUCUUGCAUUCACAUUCCUCCUCAGUCUGAGCAGCUCGAAGUGGUUUUUAGCUCAAGCUCCCUCACUAACUGUGUGGCUAUGAGAUGAGAUUUUGCCCAGAACCUCUGAAUGCAAUAUCCUAUGGGCUCCCACAAAUAAUAAUAAUAAAAAUGUUUGGGGAGUGUGUUUGCUUCAAGCAGUAGUAUAUGGUGCUGAAAUCUGACGACCUUUUGGUUAAUAAAAGUUUGGCAAACUCUUUAAAGCAGGCUUGUAAAUAACAGUUCACCUAGGCCUAGCUUAGGGGUUUAUCCAGGAAGUGAUGCAAUUUAUAUUGUGCCCCCACCAAGCACCUAAAAAAGUGAAGCUCCCAGUUGAAGCAGUGGCAUAAUUCAUAUGAUCUCUUCUCCACCCUAUCCCCUUUUAGCUUUCUGAUAGGGAAGAAUCUUGUAAAUUGGAGAGUUAUCACUGUUGGCCGUUGCGUGGUUUCCCUGAGACACAUGUAUCUGUAGAUAUGCAACGGAGUUAUAAGGGACACAUCUCCUACUCCACCCCAUAUAUUUCAUUGCUUCUUAGGCCUUGGUCUCCUUAAGUAAAUAGCACUUCUUGGUGACAGGCUUUAGAACAUUUUCCCAUUGAAUUUAUUUGUGGUAUUGGGUACUUUGCUGUUAGAGUGGUUUAUGAAUGAUUUUUAAAAACAUAACAAAGCAAUAAAAGCAAUUAUAACAAUGAAUAAGAAUGAAGCAAUAUCUUAGUAGUUGUGUACAACAUGGGCGGGGGGGGGGUGUCCUACCUAGUGCCAAAAAGGCCAUGCUAAAUAAAGCAAGUUUCUUUCGGAAAAGCAUGUCAGACCUGGGGCACCACUUCUGAAAAGGCUAUAAACAGGUUGAUGUGAGUACAUGGACUAAUCAAAACUACUGUAAGCUACUAACUUUGAUGGAUUUAUUUGUAAGGCUGCUUUUAAUGAAGCAACUUUUACUUUAUUUAAAUAUCAAAAUCAGGAAGGUCAACUUAUAACCCUUUCUAGAUCACUUGGUCAUUUUUUUGUUGUAGAGAUGGUGCUUCUUUCCUAGUUUUGAUUGUGGGAAGGUGUUACAUUUCAAUAUGUAUUCUGCCCUAUCAAAAUUAACACUUUAUAUGGAAACCUCCUUUUCCCGUAACUAUAUCUACACUUUUAGAUGCGUUUUCAUAGGCUUAAUUUCCAUUUCAUUUUUGUAAUGAGGCGUGGGGAGUUAGUUCUUUCACUUUCUGUUGCCAGUAUGUCACAAUCCAAGCUUGUAUGUUCAUUGUAGGCUGUAUAUUUAUGAAGAUGAAAUGUACGGUAGAUAAGUUUCAUUAGUCACUUGAAAAUAUGAGUGCAAGUGCUAAAUUCAAGUGGAAAACUUCCAGCACACUUGAGUGUGAGAGCUAAAGUUCCAAAAUUGGCCGGGACAUAUUUGCAUCAUUUUGGUAUUGGCAGUACACUGUUGCCAUAUGCAUUGGCAUUAUAUUGCUGCUUUAGUAACAUGAGGAAUUGCCAUUUCAGAGUAAUAUAUAAAGUUAUCAAAGUUCAUGGUGGCAUGUGCUUUUGUCUAUACUUUGUGGACAGUUGUGUUCAUAUCACUAUUGAAAAUGGGAUUUUGAGGAUACAUUGUAAUCUGAGGAGAGUUCAUGUAAACUCUGCACAUUUUUAGACAAAAUCCUUUUGCUGGCAUAUUUGCCUCCAGUGGCCAUUGCUUUAAGACAUUUUUUGGGAUUUUUGUUACACCUCGUCCUCUGUGGUAGGAAACAAGCUAAUGUAGGAAUACAAAAUAAUGUACAAAGGUUAGUGACUUUGGAUAAAAGCACAGUAAUGCACUUUGGAAAUCAGCAUUUUGUUAUAUUGCUCUAGUCAUGAAUAGUGAGUUCUGCAACAAAAUGUUGCAGUGUAUCAUUGCAGCUCAGCAGAAAUGAUAGAGACCAUCCUUCAGAAGUUCAGAAUAUUCAAUUUCUCCAGUACUUCCCAUUUCUGUUUCUUUUCUAGUCAAGAGUCAGUGUCACAAUGCUCAGUUCUCACAGGAGUACUUCAUUGAGGCAUUUGCUCCCUUUUAAGUAUUUAUUCUUAAAUUUGUACUUCUGCAGACCUUGGGAUUCCCCUGAAUGUACCCUUUUGUCUCUCAGUGACCCCAUUUUGUCUUUAAUCCUGCUCAUUCACCUCCUGAGUUUGUUAUUAGAGUGAGUGAUUGCACUUGCCGGUGGAAAGCUGUUUCUGAAACAAUUUAUAUCAGUAGUAAGUCCUGGGUCAUACUAGCAUACUUACAGGUGUAGUGGACCAACUUGAUGUGGCCUGGGCUUUGCCACAGGUGAGAGAAAUAUAUCACCAUGGUUAAACUGUACCUUUUCCCUCCUCAAACUGUGCAUGAAUUUCAGUUACAUUUUUACUGUAUUCUUCCUCAUGUUUUUUUGACAUUUGUUAAUAUAUUUUGAGAGGUAAUAUAAAGAUAAAAUGUUUGAAGUGCAUUUAUUUGUUUUUGGUAUAGUUAGCAUUUGAAAACUUGCACAUGGCUUCUGUUCAGUAGAAGGGAAGUUAAAAGACUGAAUUUAGUGGAAAGCUUAUUAGUGUGGGAGCAGCUUUGUUUGUGGGACAUAACUGAUGGCAGUGCUCAGAAAUCCCAAGUAGUCACCAUGUAAUUAUAUCCUUAGAAACAACAUAAUUUAGGAUACGUGUGCUUGAUCUUAACCCCUCCUCCCCCCUCCUCUCCUCCCCCUCCCCAGUCAUAUGGACUAUAAAUAAUUUGCAAAUGAAAGGAGUACUUUUUGCCAUUGUAAAAGUACUGGCUGCAGAGUUUGGAUUUGAGAAUUGGCAGUUCCGGACUCAAAUACCCAUUCAGCUGUGAAGCUUCCUGGGUGGUUUUGGUCAAGAUGCAUUUCCCAAGGCUAACAUACUGGCUAAAACACUGCUCAGAGUUCUUUCAAGGAAGGACAGGAUACAAAUGUAGCAAGGAAAUAAACAAAAAUUCCCAUGUCAAGAAAGUCUGCACGUAGUCGUAGAUCAUUAUUUCCUUAUUCAAGGGAUAAUGCAAAAUUUAACCCAAGUAUGCAUAGUUUUUUGCAAAUUGAUCUUUUUGGGGGGCGGGAAUUAAAAAUAAUCACAACUUGAGUUAAAUUGUAACCAGCAACAAUAUAAAUAUGCAUCUAGGCCAGAUGUCACAUAAUUUACUUUGGGCAGAAAUAAAUACCUAAAGCAUUUAGCUUCUGCAACAAAGCAAAUAAAAUUUUGUUAAUUUUAUACUUUUAAGAGUUCUCUUAGGCAAAAUGUCUUUCAUGAUAAAUACUGACUAGGAAAUAACUGACCUUACAACUCUCUGCCUUUGGAUUAGCUCCAGACUAAAUUAGUUGAAAUUAGGUCCUGUUAAAAUCAACAGGAUUUGUUAAGGAGCAAUGCUAACUCCCCACUUGAACCAGUGAAGCUUUACAGAAUGGCGAGUCUACCAUUGCAUCCACAAACCUGCUGCGCUUGGAGAAUCUCACCAAUGGCACUUCUGCACACUUACGCGUGUUGAUUGGAAGGGGGAGCUCUGUGCCAAUGGCGUGGUAUAUUUCCACAAACAGUGGUUAACUAGAGGCCAGUGGAGGCUGGCAAGGUUAGGUGCACAGACCCCCUCUGUCCAGUGCAAUGUAAACCCAAGAUCCACUGAGGUGAUUAGAUUUCUAGCUGAGCUGGAUGAGGUUAGGCUCAGUCAGGGCUAUGCUGGCUGACAUUCCUCUACCAGGCUCAGGCUGAUUGAGCUGGCAGUAGUCCACCUCUUGAACAGAGUUUGGAAAAGGGGUAACUUAAACCUUGUUAACAAGUAAGUUUUUCUGGCUUCCUUUAGUUAGAAUUGUUCUGUAAGUCUUUUCAGCUGACUUCACUAAAUUACAAAGAAAUUUAACAUUGAAUGGACAGUGAUUUCCAUUUUUUAAAAUCAGCAUCCUUUACUUAAAAUAAUAAAUGCACCUGCACGAGAACUUAGGCUUUACUAUUGAAAAGGCAUUUUUAAGGUUUCAAUAUGACUUUUGGAACACUACAUGAUUUUAUCUUCUUGAGUGUACAGGGACAGUCAGCUUAAUAUCAUGUAUAAGUAAAGGUAGAGAAUAAAUCUUUUCCUAAGGUGGUGGUUCAUUACCUUGGACAAUCAUAAUAUGGAGAAUUUGAAAGUCCUGGGGUGAAGGAAUUAGAUAACUGUGUUGUCCUGCGAAAACUUGAAGUUUGUGGAGUUUUUUGCCUGAGGAUGAGGUAAAUUACUGUUAAUCUUGAGUGCACGCUGACAGGCAAUGCAAAGAAGAGGGAACCGGUCACUGCUUGAAUUGAGUCUACUUUGCAGCAAAGCAACUUUCUGUAGAUUGUACCUUCAAUAGAUGUGCAGCCUAUUAACUGUAUCUGAGCGCUGAUAUUGAUAUAACUUCUUAAUGGAAACUGAGGUGGCGGAACUGUGUCUGCAUUUUUCACCCUUUGAUGCUUUAGUCAGAGUGAUAUGUAAAAUAGACCAACAAGCAAAAGUGCCAGUAUUGCACAUGGAUGAAGCUGCAGACAAAAACAGAUUGAAGGGUCAUUCCAUGCCAAAUCACCUGAUUUUAAUGCUUGACCAUGCUCUCAUGACUCAGAUUUUCUUUAAAAAAAAUAAUGAAGGGACACGGGUGGCGCUGUGGUCUAAACCACUGAGCCUAGGGCUUGUCGAUCAGUAGGUCAGCGGUUCGAAUCCCUGUGCAAACCAUAACUACGACGUGUAUCAGACUUGUUUUGUAGAAUGGGCUAACCAUGUACUUGUUAUGUUUUAAAAAUAAGGAGGGUGUUUUUUGUGGUUAUAAAAUAAUUUGAUUUUGAAAUAAAUUUUUUACAAAAGAAAUUACUUUUUUUGAACAAGUUUAAAGUUUCUUUGAGCCUGAAAUAUCUCACACAUUCAUGAGAAUAGUUAAAAUUGUACCCUCCUAUGAUACAGUGUCAUCUGAUAUAUUUUAAAAAUUAAGUUUUAUUGAUUAUUUAAUAAAAAAUACAAUUUUAACUAUUGUUAAUUUAUCUAGUAAAUUGAAAUAAUCCAUUCCCUGCUAAAAUACGGAUAAAGUACUUGACUAAAAUAAUCCAGACUGCUGCUUUCUUAUCUGCGUAAUGUAACUUCAGAGCUGAAAAUGCCUCAGUGUGACCUGCACUUGUAGAUGAGGCAUAGCAAGGAUGAGGAACUUGGUGCCUCCGCAUGUUGUUGGACUACAGCUCCAUAAUCCCAAACCAUUAGGCCUUGCUGUCUGGGGUUCAUAUAAGUUGGAAGUCCAACAAUAUCAGGACGGCCAGAUGUUCUCCACUGCUGAUAUGUAGAGAUCUCUGGUUAGUACAGAUGUAUAUAAGACAGGUCUUGGGUAGCUUAGAUGUGAGCUGGAUGUGUAUCUCCAAUGCAGGAAAGCCAUAACUGGGAUCUUCUUUUUAAAAAAUCUAAAUUAGAAUCACAUACAGCCGCCUUCCAACUGCUGGGGGAAGGGCUCAUUGUUUCCCUGUGCCUUCUUCUAAUCCAAAUCCAUCCACCAGCUACUAUUUGUAUUACCAGGAAAGCAAGCAACCAUAAUAUGGGAAUCUCUGUUUCUCCUAUGGGAAAAUAGCAGCUUUGGGUGCAUUUAAAGAAUAAAAACAGCCCCUAUGCCACAGCCCCUAUUAAGUUGCCUUCCCCAUAACUGUUUAUUUUAACAUUAUAGGAGAUAGUGAUUAAAUAUUUCCAGCCUCUUGUCUAACUUUUCACUUUUGAAUGAGGCAUUCAGUGCCAAACAGUGAUCAAAAUUAGCCAGGAACCAGGCACAUGUUGCACCUGGCUGUCAGCCACGUCUGACCAAGUGAAGAUGCCUGGGUGCCAGGAUGGUGCCUGACAUCACCAUCUGAAGGUGCAUGCCUGGGAAUCAUUGGAUCUUAACAGUUUUCACACACUAAUACUACAUACUGUAGAAUUCUAUCAGUUAUAUUUUAUCUGCAUAAUUAGAAUGAAUUUCAGGAACCAAAAUGCUUUUUCUGUGCAACCUGAACAGGAGCAGUGAACAACAUUAUAGUUAAUUGUUGUAGCUUGUUGUACCCCACAUCGCUACCUUGCUCAAAGUUAUGAAGAACAUUCUUACGUUAUGAACGGUCUGUCUCACUAUUAAGAAAAAGAGGUAGACGUAGGCCAAAAUAUACAUAGACUUUUAUAUGUGGACUUUUAUCAAGUCAACUGGACAAUCAAGUGACUUUUCUUAAAUUCUCAAAGUUCUUAACCUAGCUCAAGGUUGUCAUCUAAACUAGCUAGAUGUUUAACUGAUAAUCACAGUCAGUCCAUUGUUUGAAAAAUAAGACUUUAGAGCCAUUUUUCCCCCAAAUGGCAACUAGACAUUCCGUUUUGGCGACUAACCUUGGUUUAAGGAACCAUUUGACGCCAAGCAGCCUUGCCCCCCAUGCAAGGCUGAGAGCAUUUAUGCUCUCUGCCUUAAUUAUUGGGCUCUGGGACUCUAGGAGGCUCUCUCAAGAUCUUGUGGGGCUCUCUGAGAUGUCGCAAGAGUCUCUCAGAACCCGAUAAGCAAGGCGAAAAGCUCUUCCCACACUGAGAAACAGCUUUAAAGCUCUAUGCCUUGCAUACAUUUCAUUUGUGUGAUUUCAGCUAGCUGGCCACCGCGCACAUAAAGCUGAGGUUGUGCAGGUUAAUGGUGUGAAAGUUGCAAGUUGACUGUAUGUUUGUUGUUAUUUCUUAUGUAUAUUUUUGGUGGAAUUCGGUGCUGUGGGCUUCCGUUUGUUUCAUCUGUACAAGCAUUGCAGCUUUCCAGAUAAAACAGUCCCAUGUCUCCUCCCCUUGUGUGCUGUUUUGAUCCCCUCCAGAGCCAAUUGGGGUGUGUUGAACGGGGAACCCUGUUGUGCAAACAGAAGUUCUUGUGCAGGUGAAUCCUAAUAUUUUUAUUUUUAUGUUAUAUUGUACACCUUGGGCUCCUUUGGGAACAAGGGUGAUCCAGAAAGACAACUAGCAAAAAAUAAAAUGAUCGUUGUGCUGGUAGAGACACAAAUGACACUGUUAAGUGUUUGAAUUGUUGACUGUAACAUUUGAAAAGCUAAUUUUUUAAAAGGAGGGGAGGUCAGUGUUAGAAAUUCAGCUAUAUAAGCUAAUCAGCAAAUGGCACCUUAAACCUAGGUUACAGUCACCACAAUGGAAUGUCUUCUCCCCCCCCCCCGAUAUUGGUGUUGUUGUUUAUUUUCAUUUCUAUGCCACUUUAUAUUUUAAAGAAAAAAAUCUCAAAAAUGUUUACAACACAUUAAAACAUCAAAUCCAGAAUAAAACAAAUUCAGGCUUCAAGGAAAAUAUUUCAUAUCCUUCUCUGACUGCCAUUUUGCUUUCCCCAGUCACCAACCUGGCAUCCACAGAUCCCCACGUGGUUGCAAUUCGACCUGCAUCAGUCGCAAAACAUUCCUGACGUCUGGCUAAUUUCUUUCACUGGGUUGGAGAUCCAUUUAAAUACAUAGUGUACUGAUAUUAUUUGUCAUGUGUCUUGCAUGUUGAGCGGCUUACUUUUAAGCAAUUUCCAAUAAUAGCUAGGGAUGGAAAAAGCUGUGUUUCAUUGAGCUGAACAUUGCUAGUCUGUAUGUUGCAGAAAUGCUAAAACACAACCUUGUUUUACUGGACUAUCAUGAUGUAACAACAUGUAGUGAGGCAUUCAUUACUCACAUUAUGAAAUGUGAACGCCCUCACAUGGUUGUGGCUUUUUGCACGUAUAUGUGUUCUGCUUUAUCGAACUUUAAAAAUUAGAAAGUAGAAAUGGCAUUUGUUAAAAGUUUUCACGUGAAAUGAUGAUAGAUUUUUGUGUUUCAUUGCUUAUACCAAGUAAGAAUGCAGCUUAGAGAUAACUUUCUGUGAUAUACAUAUUUUCAGUUCUUACUGUUUUUAUGUUUUAACAAAGGGUAAAUGUUAUGGUCUUUUGUUACAUAGUGUCAGUCUUGUGGUAUAGUGUGUUUUCUGUCAGAUAUUUAUUUAUUCAAUAUGUAAAUACUUCUAGGCUGUUAUAUAUGAUUGAUCGAAAUGUUGCAGUGAAAGUCAGAAAUAUUCUGGUUUAUGCUUAAUAUUUCACAAUGUAUUGCAAAAUAUUUGGCAAUUGUUCACUGAUAACAUUUUUCUUUUUUUUCUUUCUUUUUUUUGAUAGCCUUCUGUUGAGUCUGCAAGCCCAGGUAAAGUUUUAUUCUGAUAUUUACAAAGCUUGGAUAGAAAAGUGAGCCCUUUAUAACCGGCAAGACUUGAAUAUAUUUUAUUGUACACACAGUAACUGCUGGAAUUAACUAUUUUCUAUUCUGCAAGACAAUCUGGUCUUGAGGGGAUAUUCCUACAUCUUAAUUUUCAUUCUCUGCUAAGCAAAACAUGGUGAGCCAUGUUGCUCUUACACAGUUGCCACUAACAUGCCUUUGAAUUUGCACUGGUGCAAAAAAAAAAAAAAGCCCACCUAUGGUGAAGGUGGUUCAGUGCUUAUCUGACAUACUUCAGAAUCCCAUGCAUGAAUUUGUUAAGAAGGGGGUAAAAGUUUCCACUUUGUCAUGGAUAAAAUCAUGUUCUAGUGCUGGCUGAAAUUAGCAACUUGCAGUCUUAUACUGGUAUUGAGCCCUUUCAGGCAUAGUAUGAUUGGGCCAGGGGUUAUCUUUGUUAGCAGCUAAUUUUGUCCAUGUUAACAAAUCACUGUAUUUGUAAGUCUGAAAGCAUCCACUAUUCAACAUAAGGUUGCCAGAAUGAAAGUCUCUUCUUGCACAGCUAGUGCAGUAUUGUUAAAAAUGAAGUAGAGGCAAAUCAUCAAGUUUAACUGUGUUUGUCUGUAGUAUUCCCAAUUCUGGGGUUGCCCCCUGUGCUGAUCUGCUAGUCCUUUUUCUGUGGAACUGAAUAACCAGGAAUCCACACUGGGUUAGACUUAGUACAUUAUACAUGUUGGGCAUGGUGAAUCAGGGUGCUGGGCACUUCCCAAAAACCUGUAUGUGGAACAGAUAAAAUAGUAUGACAUCUUCUCACCGUAGUCCAAAAUAUAAAAUUUUGUGUACUACAGGCUACUUUUCAGUCAUGUGCUUAAAUAAAAUUUUACUUUCCCUGUUGUUGAAGUGCUGUAUUCUGCACCAUCCACUAGGUAUUGGCAAGUUCAGAGUUGUAUGAUUCAUGCUUUAGAGUAGGAGGGGGAUUUUUUUUUGCCUGGGAGGCCAGACCUUUAUUUUUGCCCAUCCUCACAAGUCAACUUCAGCAGGUAGGUGGGAUCACCCACCUCACUAUCUGAUGCCAUAAUGAAAUCUCUAUGGAGAUGGUGUGUAAUAGUUCAGAGGGCUUGUUCUGCCCUGGGUGCAAGGCUUCCCAAAUGUCCAGCAACCUGCUGAUUGUUGUUAGGAAGCACUGAGCACACAGUUCGGAAUGCAUUUUGCACAGUGCUUCCCAGGUGCCUAGUAAUCAGGCAUUUAAUUAUUAUAAUAAAAUUAUUGAGCAUUUGGGGAGUGCUGUGCAAGUGCUUUCCAAGCUCUGUGCUUUCCCGGGCAAAGAACUUGCAAAGGGUUUUGCACAGCACUUCCAAAGUGCCAGACAGCCAGCUGGUUAGUAUUGAUUAUGGGAAAAGCUUUUUGUUCAGUGACAUAACAAUUGUACCAUUUUGCAAUGCAAUAAAUUCCUAAAGCCAAAUAUUUGCACUGCCCAUCACAAAAACAUGAACAUUUGAUCUUUCUACCUUCUACUCUCAAGCUAAAAAUCCAGCAGGAAGCCAACAUUCUGAGGUCAUAGUUUUCUAUACAUGCACUGCUUUAUAGCUUGACUCUGGGGAUGAAUUAAAAACCUACCUAUAUCUUGCUUUGUAACACUGGGUAAAGUUAUAAGCUACAGUCUUUUACCUAGGGGUAAGUUCUAUUUAACUCUCUAGGAGUUACUUCUGAAUUGUGUAUAGGCUUGCACUUAUUAGUACCAAUGUUCAUGCUUUAUGAUUUUUGAAUCUGUAGCCUUCAAAUAACACUAUUUAUUUAUUUAUUGGUUGACUAAUUAUUUAGAGAUUUGGCUUUUGCAGAAAAGUUUCACUGCUAUAUUAAUCUUGGUUUUAAAAUAAUUUGCAUGUGGUAAUAAUGAUUUUAACACUUAAGUCUACAAUGUGAUCAACUGUGAAGUUAAUCAAAUUGUAGGAGGGUCUGCAACAUCAGAUGACCAUGAAUUUGACCCAACGGCUGACAUGCUGGUUCAUGACUUUGAUGAUGAACGAACUUUAGAAGAGGAAGAAAUGAUGGAAGGUGAAACAAACUUCAGUUCUGAAAUAGAAGAUCUUACAAGGGUAAAUGCUAGAAAAUAUUUUUGAACAAAACGCUAUUUUGUUUGGGAAGUAGUUUUGUCUUGGAAAUGGUUUGACAUUCUAUUACCUGGGAAAAGAUGUAUUUCUUAGUUAACAGCAGAAUGGGGUUGUGUUAAAUGGUCUUUGGGUGAAAGGCAUAGGGGUAGGUGUGGGGAACCUGUGGCUCUUCAAUUGUUGGACUUCGACCUCAGCUAGUAUAACCAAUGGGAGUUGUAGCCCAGCAAUGUCUGGAUGGCCUCAUGUUCCCUAUCCUUGGCACAAGGUGUUUUCAGGGUAGUUCCACCAUAUUCAGUCUACACCAGUGGUUCCCCAUUAGCUAAGUAUUGCAGAUCUCUGUUUUUCAAAAGCCAAUCCAUGGACCCUACUAUUGAAAAUUUUGACAUCUCUAUGGGAGUUUUUGUUAUGUGAAUGGUGCCAUGGACCAUCUGGGUGGAUUACAUGGACCCCCUGGGAACCAUGGACCACCAAUUGGGUACCACUGAUCUACAUUAUAUGACCACUUCUCUGCAUCAUGGGUACUCUGUCCUGAUUUAGCAGUAUACUUUUAUCCUCCUCUGUUUAUUUUGUUAUAGGGAUGUCAUGUGAGGAACUCAUGCUGACUAAAUGAAGACUCCCCAAGUGCCUGAGAAACUGUGUAAUGGUACUUAAAAGUGCCAGUACCAAGAGGGGAAACAAGCAACUAAGCAAACAUUGCUUAGCACCUUUUAUAUCUUCUAUUGCCCCAGUUCAGUUGCCCUAGAAUCAGUUCAGUAUGAUCCAUAGUCAUGAUCUUUGACAGGAGCUCAAAUAAGAGAUGUACAAAGUAGAGGUUUCUAUAGUGUAUAUCAAGUACAAAGUUCAUAAGGCUGUUCAUUUGUUUUAAAGUAUGUCUAAUUUAAGCCAGUUGAUUGAUUCACUUUUCUUAAAUUUAUUUUUAUUGCAUUUUUAAAGUUUUCAUCAUUAUGUAGCUUACUUAUUUAAUUCUGAAAUUAAUAAUAGUUUUGGACCAAGGGAUGGGGACAUAAAUUUUUGGACUUGUUGGAAGCUAUUUUGUGUGGGCAGCCAGUUUGACUGCCUAAUGCUUGACAUAGAGGUGUGCUCUGGGGGAAAAUAUAGUAUUUCAGUAAGAAGAUUCUGAAGGGGGUGGGGAAAUACCUUCAAUCAGUUAACUUGUUAAUGAGUUCCUAGGAUGAGUUGUAAAACCCUAAGGAACGGUAAGGAAGCCUGGUUUGGGGAAUGAGAGUGAGCAGAUUAGCAAUGUAAUGAGAACAUUAAAGGUUCUGCUGUCAGUCAGUAAGCAUACUGGUCAUAUCUGCACAUCAUGCUCAAUGCAGUGCAGAUGAGUUUGCCAUGUCAUCUAGGGUUACCAUAGUCUGAAGAGCAAAAACCUGAACCCAUUCGAGACACCCCCACCACCAUCCCACAUCUCCGUUGCUCACCCCCUCCCUGCCGCUGACCCCUUUUUUACCCACCUGCUCCCUCCUUCCCUCCCACCCUCCCUCCCUUCUCUUACCUUUGCUGUCUUUGGCCCCUGCUCAGGAGAUGCUGCGUCUCCAGAUGAUGGGAGGCUAAGUGGCCGCGAGAAGGCUGUGCCAAGCCUGGCAGCUGCCGGAAACAUCACAAUGCCAAGUACAACCCUAACACAAAUAAUACUACUACUACUAAUAAUGGUCAUAAUAAACCCCCCUAAAACCCAGGCACUUCAUGUAAAAUGCAAAAAUCCACCCGGAUGGGCGUGCUGCCCCUCCAAAAGAGGACAUGUCCAGGAAAACCUGGACGUAUGGCAACACUAAUUGAUUAGUUUAACAGCUUUAUAGCCCAUUAUUUGAAAUUAAUCCUUGUUACACUGCAUUUGUACCUGAUGGGAAGCCAUAAACUGUGGCUUAUCAUGCAUGAAUGAGUCUGCUUUGUGCACUCACACAGGGGGAAAACAAAUUAAGAUCCCUGGCUUGGUGUUAAAUCUAAACAGGAUGGUAGUUUGUUUGACUCCAACAAACCAUAGUUAGUAAGCCAAGGUUGAUUCUUGACUUCUGGUUGUAGUUUGGAGUGGAACAGACCAUUAUUCCCUGUUGGGAGAUAAUCCUCAGGCUGUAAUCGUGGUUUGUUUUCUCCCAGUGCAAGCAAGGAGGAGUGAAGCAAGUACAAUUCACUCAUGUGCAUGGCAAGUCAUGAUUUAUGACUUACCGUGAAGUACAAAUGCAGCCUUAGUGCAAAACAUAGUCAGUAGCCACAGACAACCUGACAAACCACAGUUAACAAACAUGGAAGGCAAAAGCUUCCAAACAACCCCCAACUGCAGGGGGGGAAGAGACUGGAGGGUAGAGCAUCCAAACCUGAGACUCACUGUGGCAUCUUCUAUCAACCAUAAACAUGGCCAAGAACUCAGAUUUCUUACUGUAAUAUUUGUUAUAAGUGGUAGUAGCAAAAUGUGUAUCUCUUCAAAGUGCUGCAGUUUUUGGCAUGGAGUAUUAUACCACUAAUCAGAUGUCAGUUUUCAUAGAAAAGAACAGUGAAGGUCAGAAGCAUUGAAUUUUAGUGGAAGACUAGUACGAGCAAGGUUAUGUGUGCCAAAAAUACUGCAUACACUCAGUUAUGUUAAGAAGCUUAUUUUAUAUUAAGAAUAGCCUUGGAAAAAUAUUUUGGUCAACCAACUACAGUUAAGUUGCAUAUGAUUGGAUAACAAUAUGAGUUGCAUAUUAUUUUAUUGGACAUAGAUGAAAAAUCUAUGGUGCAGUUGUUAAGCUUCUUAGGUGAUACCCUGAAAGCCUAAUCCACAAGGUGUGAAAAACCUUAAACUGCUAUGUUUAUAAAUCUUCAUAAUAACAACCUAAGAAAUCAUGAGAGUUGAAAAAACACAAUGAAGUUGCUUUCUGGCCACGUCACAAGUCAAUGGUGGUAGCUCCUCGCUGCCCUCCACAGGCAGUGAGGAGGUUUAGACAGGGAAAAGCCAGGAUUUAUGAGGCAAAAAUCCUGGCAUUGUUCCCUAGUGGGGUCUGGGGAGCUCACUGCAUCCUGCUGUGCCGCUCAAGCUUGUGUCUACCAACUUGAAAGGCAGAGCGGGUGUGACCUGGGUUUGUGUCCCUGCCAUGGACGAGCCUGGUUCCUCCAAAAUUCGGACAAUUGGCAUUAAUCAAGAGGCGCUCCUGGACUGACAUAUGCCAAUAGACUGCAAUCAGUUAGCUGCCCAAAGGACUGGACUUGACUCUUUGAAGGUUUCUUUGACAUUUUAUUUGAAGCUUGAGAAUCCUUACAACAGCCAGGAAAAUAAGGGAGUGGACAAGGUACUUUGUGCUUUUUAUGGUUUUCAAGUGGUCUCCUUUUUCCCUGUCCUCCCAUGCAUAAUGAAAAGGACAUGUGUAGCCGCUGCUAUGUUAUUCUGUUUGUUAUUUCGGAAAAGAGGGGAAAGGCUUUUGUCUAUGCUCAACAAGGAAUUUUACAAGGUUUUUACUAUGCCCUCCCCCCUCGACCGAUGCUGAAUAGACUUUAUUUAAAAUUAUUCAUGGACUGUUGUUGGAGAAAUGCAGUGGGAGAAAAAAUAAUGAACUGCUGUCGAACAGAUGCGGUAAAGAGGCUGAAUUUGAGAAAAGAUCUUGCUUUUAACUGUGUGCUGAGGAAGAACUCCAGAGCGGAAUUUUAAUGGUGGAGUUUGGAUAUGCACUUUGUGAGUUAUUUAUGACUGCAGUCUGUAAACAAUGGAAGGAAUGGAAUGUAACUUUGUACCAUCCAGAUAAACACUGCAAAGAACUGAACAAUGGAAGAUAGUAAUUAACUCACCCAGCACACCAGGUCUGGAACAACAAUAUAUAGGAAGGACCACACAGGUGAAAUCCAUCAUUUAUUUAUAAGAUGUAAUGGAGGUGCUAUUUGUAAGGUGAAAGAAGUAGCAAGCUGGAAGAAUGGUUUAACGGCAAAUGAAGGUUCUCAGCUGGACUUAAAUAAGAAAUGAUUUGGCUAUGCGAUGAAAUGAUGAUGAUUGUGAGUUUGGAACAGGAGCAGGAAACCUGAUUUUAAGAAAUUGUAUUAAAUUAAUUUGGUUUGAUUUGUAAUAAUUUGGAAAAUUAAUAAAAAUAAUUUGGGGGGAGGAGGAAAAACACAAUGAAGUUUUCUUCGUGUUUCUUUUACUUGUUUCUUUUUCUCAUGUUUUCUGUAACAUUUUCAGUUUAACUCUGCAGUCAUAAGUUAUAAAUUUCAGCAUACUGGCAGGAGUGAUGAGAUAUAAGUCCUAAUGGGUUGAGAACUUUGAUCCAAAUGUGUCACUCCAAACCACUCUUAUCUGGUAGCUCAGUUCCUCCCCAGGCCACCUCCUCCUCUUCCCCUCCCCAUCACACCUCUAUUGACCCAACUGCACACUCUCCUUGAGUGUUUUUGCCUGGCUAGAAUGUGUCCCUGAAUUCUGAUAAUCUUGCUUCCUUGGAUGGAGGAUAGAGAUGGGUGUGUGAGAGCGUGUGUAGAAACUAACCUAAUGUACAAAGAUAAUAUGUACAUUCAUUGUUACCAUUCUUUCCUCUGGAUCCACCAAGCACUAGAAGGGAAUGUAGCCCUUGGACUGAAAAUAUUUCUCUAUUCUUUGGUGUAAAUCCAUUGUUGACCUGCAAAAAUAUUUCUCUGGGGGAAAAUUUUCCAACCAGAGCAAUGGGAUCAUCAUGUCAAAGGCAAUAAAUCUUAUUCCCCCGCCCCAAUGUCCUUGCCUCACACACACCUUAGUUGUUGAAGAUUAGAUAUUAUUGUCAUUUCAUUCUGUAGAAACCCUUCCCACUCUAUAUGUGUGUAUGUGUUGUAAUCUGUGCCUACUGUAAAAACUUUGCUGCUAAUUACUAAGAUGGAGAUCACCCAACCCCUGCUCCAAUUGUCAUGCCCCUUGUCCUCAUCAUUACCAUUGUCAAGUCCAACAGAAGGGAUAGUGAUCAGUCUCUGUGCUAUUUUCUCUCUACAUAUUCAGAGCAGGAAACAUUAUAGAGGGAAUGAUUUUGCUUUUCUUGUGCCUGGGGGUGUAGAUUGUCAUGGUAUCAUUGUAUCAAACUACACUAGUGCCUCAUCCUGUCUUUGCUCUGCCUUGAAAAGAGCAGGAUAGAGUUGAGUCAGAGGACAAUACAUGCAGGCUGACAUCUGCUCUCCAGAGGACAGUUGUAGCCACUGUUGACCAGACAGCCUAUAGAUUACAACAUUGGUAUAAAAUUCAUGGAAUUAUUAUAAUUUCCUGUUUUAAUUCUUUUUAGGAAGGUGAUAUGCCAAUUCAUGAGCUUCUUAGCCGUUACGGCUAUGAUGGUACUGUGCCACUACCAGAAGAGGAAGAAGAGGAGGAGGAGGAGGGUGAGGGUGAAGAUAAUGAUAACAACAGUGGGUGCAGUGGAGAAAAUAAAGUGAGUUAGACUUACUAAUUUGAAAACUUGGUCUGUGCUAUUGUGUGCUUCCUAUCGUGUGCUUUUGGCAAGCUAGCAUAUCUGUUCCUUAAAGCUAGUAUUAUUUAGUGAAGCUGCUGUAAAGAUGAGUAUUUAAACUUGGACUGUGCUUUUGGUUCCUAGUUUCGUGUGUGUGCGUGCGUGUGUAGGUUGAUAAAGGCCAAAAGGGAAAGCUGGAACUGACUGCUGCUAUAGGACUGUAUCAAGGAGGCAUAGCUGUGAUUGUUGUGUGUGCAUGAGUGCAUACUCUCUCUUUUGCCCUUUGAAUUUAUUUAUUUCAUGACAUUUAUACACUCCUUGAUUAUAGAAAAAAUCUAAAGAGCUUCUGCCUUUAACUAAGGACUCAAAAUGUACUUGCUUUCAAAGAUUUACUUGGGGUGGAAUGGACACUGGAGUCAUUGAAACAUAGAAUUGUUGAGUUGGAUGGGACCCCGAGGAUCAUCUAGUCCAACCCCCUGCAAUGCAGGAAUCUCAACUAAAUCCCUAAACUCCAUUUACCUGGGAAUAACAUAUGAACAAUGAAGAUCCUAUGUUUGCUUACAUUUAAAUGACUACGUUACCUUGAUGCUUCUUUCUCCAAAUCUCCUUAGUUCAGUCAGUAGUCUGAACUUCAGACUAAUCUUGGUUUCUGGGGAAAGUGAGUGAGGAUGGAUGUAAGCUCAAUAUCUACUCCUAGUUUCAUUUUAGAGUAUGAUCUGAGGGUCAAGAAAUGGGUGAACAGUCCCAGAAAGAUCUGAGUGUAGUAUAGUUGCUGGGGCAACUGGCCUAUGGGCCUCAUUAGGCUGGCAUGGUCUGAGAAGUUGGCCUACCAGGCCAUUUUCUUUCUUUCUCAAGCCUGACAUCAUAUAUGACAUUUGGGGCAGAAAUGUUGGCUUUCCUUCAUUAAAUUUCUUUCUUGCCUAAGGAGCCCAGGGCGGCAAACAAUAAAGUGACCAUACAAUAGAACAAAAACAACCCCCCACAAAACCAUAUUUAAAACACUUUAAAGCAUUAAGAAAAACUAAAACAAGUUCAAGCUAUGGCUAAAAGAAAGAAGAACUCAAACAUGUAAAAAAAAAGUCAGCACUUUUUGAAUUUGGCCGUCUUUUCUGCCUUCUUGCACAGUGAUAGAAAAAGGUGCAAAAUUCCAAAAGUGUUGACUUUUUUUUGAUGCAGAGAAAGAAUCAGGAACACUCAAUUUCAGACUAGGGAUUCAAAGGAACAUUUUUCUUUUGGAUCUUGGUUUGACCUCAAGCUGGAAUUCGAAGGAAAAAUCUUUCAGUCGUGAUGGAAUUUGUAGUCCAGCAAUAUAUUGUCUACCCUGCUUUAAACUACUGAGAUAAACAUUAUGGAUAGCACUAAAGCAAGCUUAUAUCAUGAAAACAAAAAGGGGCAGUUUAUAUAUUUAUUUAUUCAGAAAUUUAUUUGCCACCCAUUAUAACAAUGUCCUCUGGGUAGUUGAUCACAAACACAUCUCUCAUUCCCAUUGCCAAUAGCAUUUACUGUUCAAUUCAAACAUGCAGUUAGGUGGCAAAUUCCAUGACUUAUUUCCAUAUUAACCUUUUAAAAAAAAUCUGUACAACAUACUACAGGUUAGGAUAGUGCAGAGAAUCAUGCAGAAAGUUUACCCAAGAAAGAACACUUGGUUACUGAAAACAUUGCAUAAUAUUUUGCCAUCAGAGUUUUGUCUACUAAAGCGUUUUGUCUACUAAAGCAUAUUGUCUUGCCCCUUUUGCUCCAUUACCUGAGAUGGACAGUGAACCUUAAGUUUUCUUUAGAACAUUUUGCCCCCACAUUUUUCACAGUAAAUAAUGCAAGUAAGACAUUCCUGGUUUAAAGAGAUACUCUCAUAAAAUUUCUUUCUGGGACUCUGCUGCAAUCUUUUCUUUUCUUUGAGUGCCUCCUGAGGUUUAUAUUCCAGUCUUGGCAAUUUCAUCUGAAUGUUUUGUGUUUUGUCAGGAAUUGCAGAAGCUUUGACAAAUUGUAUAACUAUAACUAGAUACUCCAGGAUAAUUGUCUCAGGGGGAGUGGAGUACUAAGUAGAUUUUGUGCUUCUGACUAGGUGGUUAAUGGCAAUUUGUCUCAGACUUUUAAGAAACCUGAAUCUAAACAAAUCAUCAGCUUUCUCAAUUUUUCAAUACAAACUUGCAAAAUACAGCGGUACCUCGGGUUACAAACACUUCGGGUUACAAGCUCCUCUAACCCGGAAGUAGUACCUCGGGUUAAGAACUCUACCUCAGAACAGAAAUUGUGCGCUGGCGGCAGCGGGAAGCCCCAUUAGCUAAAGUGGUACCUCAGGUUAAGAACGGUUUGAGGUUAAGAACAGACCUCCGGAACGAAUUAAGUUCGUAACCAGAGAUACCACUGUAGGUACAAAAUAGCUCACAUCAUUGUUCAUCUGUAUGUGUUUCAGGACAGCUUGAGUGAUUGGUGAAAAGCUAUAGGGAAAGACUAUAAGACAAGUUAUAAGUAUUAACUGAACUUCCAUUGUUCUGUUGUCAUGUGUUGUGUUCCUCUGUGGCAGUGAAACAUCUGGUAUAUAACUGAAUAAUUUAAGCUGAAAGAAAUUGACUUAAUUAGUAAUUGAGGGCAAUGAAAUGAUUAGUGCUAUGGUUGGAGCACAGGUGGCAGAAGUUUUAGAAAGUAUCCAACCUAACACAGAGCCCAUGUUGCAGUGUAAGUGGUGGCAGGGGAAAAACAACCUACUUUUCUGCCACCAUUGCAUCUGCAAGAUUGCCUGGCAGAAGAACUGUCCCAGGUGGAGAGAGAUGAGAAUUGCUACGAGCACUUCUUGUUUAGAUUUGUUACAUGCCCUGCACUGUCAGGUUACAGUAAUACAAAAUACAGCGUUAAAACUGCUUAAAGCAAAUUGCAAUCAAAACUAGCAUGGCUCCUAGUAAUGGAUACUUUUCAGUUAAUUUUUCCUGCUGACAUGGCAGGCAGCUUGACUAGUUGAAGUUUACCACUUACAUGCUCACUGCUUUCCCAUUUGAGGGGAUGGGGACAAGGGCUGUGGAGGGAAAGGGGAGUAAGAGAAAAUUGCCUCCCAGUGCCCCUUCAUGGAAGCCUCCACUGGAUCAAAGAGCUUCUGUGAAUGGAUGCAAUUGGAAAAAAACCAAUGGCUAAAUUUUUUUGAUUUGAAAGACAGUUAAAUUGACCUUUUAAUCUACUUCUUCAUGAUGCCUGAUGGGUGCUUAUUUUUAUAUGUUUUAUUACAAUUACUGUAUAUGUGUGUUUUAAGUUUUAUUUCCUUUCUCUGAUUAUUUGUGGGGGGUUAUUGAGUUCUUGUUUUUAUUUUGAUUAUGUAUCUUGUGCUUUUAUAUUGUGAUUUUAUCCUGUGAACUGCCCUGAGACCUGUGGGUAUAGGGCAGUAUAGAAAUUUAAUAAAUAACAAUUAUUAUUAUUAUUUUGGUACUCUGGGUAUGCCAUUCUGUAUUUUAGAGGUGACCAAAGCCUCUAAGAGAUGGCAUAGUUCCUGUACCUAUGGAGAAGUCUCUCUUAUAAGUCAACUUGAUCUGUGUCAAAACUGGAUUAUUUGGGCAAGCUUUCAAGUAUGUUCUAGCUUCUCAUCUAGACAUGCCAUGAUUUAGUAUCUGGAUCUGUUCCAUGCUGGUUUCUGGUCUGAUUUUGGAAUUGAAAUUCCCUUGGCCAUUCUGGUGGAUGACCUGCACCAGAGAUGGGCAGAAGGAGUGAAACCCUAUUACUUCUCUCGGAUCUCUCAGCAACCUUUGAUACCAUCAACCGUGGUAUCCUUCUGAACCUCCUGAAGUUGAUCAUAGGCUGAACUAGUGUGAUGCAUCUGCAAUACAUGAAUACAGUUUUAGACUGAACCAAGUCAGAGAUUUCCAAAAAAUUGCAAGGCACAGGAAGUAAUGGUUACAAUUUUACUGUGCAAUUGUCAGAGCUCAUUUAGACUUCUGUUUCUAGCUCUGGGCACCACAGUAAGAAAAACUGAUACAUUAGAAUGUGCUUAGAGGAUGGCAGCAUGUAGGAAAGGUUGAAGGAACUGGGUAUGUUUAUCCUCCUGAAGAGAAGCCCAAGGAGGGAUAUGAUAGCCCUCUUCAAAUUUUUGGAAGUCUGUCAUGUGGUUGUGGGCAAAAUAAAAUGUUUUCUGCUUCUCCAGAGGACAAGAUUAGAGCUAAUGGGUUUAAGUUACAGGAGAGUAGAUUCAUGUGAACAUUAUGAGAAACUUCUUGACAAGUCAACAAAAGAAUCAGUUACACAAAUCAGAGGUGGUAAACCUGAGACCCUCCCAUCACCUCUGACCAUUGGCUCUGCUGGGUUGAGCUGAUGAGAGUUAUAGCAGACCUCCCCAAACUCUGCCCUCCAGAUGUUUUGGGACUACAAUUCCCAUCAUCCCUGACCACUGGUCCUGUUGGCUAGGGAUGAUGGGAGUUCUAGUCCCAAAACAUCUGGAGGGCUGAAUUUGGGGAUGCCUGAGUUAUAGUUUAGCAUCUGGAGAGUCAUACAAUAGUCAUCCCUGGCGUAGGGGGUGGUAUUUGUUUCCUUAUAGGAGGUCUUCAAGCCGAGACUAGCUAGCCAUUUGUUGUUGUUGUUUAGUCGUGUCCGACUCUUCGUGACCCCAUGGACCAGAGCACGCCAGGCACUCCUGUCUUCCACUGCCUCCCGCAGCUUGGUCAAACUCAUGUUUGUAGCUUCGAGAACACUGUCCAACCGUUUGUUAGGGAUGCUGUAAAUCUGGAUGCCCUAGGUCAAACAAGGGGUUGGACUAGAUCAGUUUUUGCCAACAUGCUGGCUGUGGAGAGCACUCGGUUGGUGAAGGGCACUAGGUUGGUGAAGUCUGCGCUAAAUGGAACCCCUCAAACUCUAAUUCUGUAACGGUGAUGAUGUUAUAUUAUAUUAUUUCAGUAGUUUUGCUUUUUCCUAGAUAGUCUCAAAGUGGUGAUUUGCCAGCUAAUGAACAAUACAGACCCACCCUCAGUUAUCCAUCCCUAGUUACUUCCAGGUUAUACUACUGCAGUGCUGUCUCUGUUGGUUUUCCUUUAAAUAAAGCCUUGAAAACCUCAAUUAGUAAAAAAUGCAGUGGCCAGAUUGCUAGCUGGGGAUGAAAGAUUGGAGCAUAUUCCUUACUUCCCAUCGCCAAAUCUGCACUUACAAUUGCCAAAAGCAGAUUUCAGCUUGCAAGUUCCCCCUUUAAAAUAACAACAUAUUAGCAAACAGUAGCUGCUUUUCUUUUCUUUUCUUUUCUUUUCUUUUCUUUUCUUUUCUUUUCUUUUCUUUUCCUUUCCUUUCCUUUCCUUUCCUUUCCUUUCCUUUGCUUCCUUUUCCUUUUCCUUUUCUUUUCUUUUCUUUUCUUUUCUUUUCUUUUCUUUUCUUUUCUUUUCUUUUCUUUUUUUUCUUCUCUUCUCUUCUCUUCUCUUCUCUUUUCUCUUUUCUUUUCUCUUUUCUCUUUUCUUUUCUCUUUUCUUUUCUUUUCUCUUCUCUUUUCUCUUCUUUUCUUUUGGCUUCCUCAGAUUUAAGCAUUGGUUCUAGCCUUUAAUGACUUGGGACCAGGUUGCCUCAGGAGCUGUGUUGCUGCACAGUUUGCCAGAUAUUAAGAUUAGCAUCAGAAGCCCUUUUUUUGAUCCUGAGUGGGGAUGUGACAGGGCCUUUUUGGUCAGUGGUACUGUGGAAUGUCUUCUUUGAGCAGCUCUGCUGUGCCUCUUUUAGUUUUAAAAAACAUGUUAAACAUCUUUUUUCAGUGUGCAGCUUAUGUAUGAUUUUAGUCUGUUAAUCUGCUUCAUUUUUCUUUUCCACUUGGUUUUUAAGGCAUCACUUCUUACUGUUAUGGGUUAUGAUGCACUGUCAGUUAUACCAAUUUUAUUUUGUAUGUUAACUUGUGUAAGUAGGGCAGAAAUGAUAAUAGCUGCUGUCUUGUUUCGUUGUUUGUAAGGAGGAGGUAAUAAAGGAUUCAUCUGGUCAAGAGGAUGAGACACAGUCCUCCAACGAUGAUCCGGUGCCCUCUGCUGUACAGGAGAUAAUUCGCCCACGGCGGUGUAAAUACUUUGAUGCAAGUAUGUCUUUUAAAGUAUUAAGCAUUGUCAUCUAAACCUGUUUUCAGACAUUUUAACAGGUCUUGUAAUUUGAUCCCAUAUAAGUGUUUGAGGAUUCUCAUACCAAAAACUGAAUGAGAUAAGCCUUUUCCUUACUUCUCAUAGCUUAAGUACUCUCACAAGUGCCAAAAGCAAGUUUCUGCUUGCAAGUAAUAAGGUGUAAUUUUGUUUGUGUUCUUCCUUUUUAAAAACAAUUAUAUAGGCACAUUUUAAUUAUUAAUUAAUUAUUUUAAUUAUUUUAAUUACUAAUUAUUUUAAUUAUUUUGUAUGUAUGCUCUUUGGCAAAUAUUGGAAUUAUUAGGAGAAAAUGGGGGGGGUGAGGGGCAGGACUGUAGUGAUGAUUAGUGAGCUGUGGAAAACUCAUCCUAUUUAGAUCAUUCCUAGACCUUGUAAGAUGCAUUCUGUGGAUGUUAAUCUUUUGCUGGCACUUAGUGGGGAUAGGAACGCUAUGAAAUGAUGAAACGAUUGGAGAUUUUGGGCCAAGUCAUAAAUCUGUCAUAUACAUGUUGGCUCCAUACAUAUAAAGAAAUAGCUAGAAAUUUUAACAUUUAUUUGGCAAAUCUGGUGAGAGGCAAAGGCAGUGAAGUGAGCCUUUUCUAGUUCCUUUCAGAUGUCUGGAAGGACUUCAGCAUGUGUGUUGGGACUUGUAGAAAUAUUUUUCCCCACAUUACAAUCAGUUUCUCCCUGCCCCCCAGCCCCAGUAGUGUUAGAAGCUGGCUUCCUCAGUUUUAACCACCAAGAUCAGUGGUUCUUGUUCAUCAGACUUGGCUAUGUAGAGGAUUCAGAACAUGCAGUUGUUUGAUUUACAGAAAAUGAGGUGCUUUCCUGAAGGUUGAGGUGUCCCUAGCUUCCAUUGGAGAACAGGGUAAGGAAAGGGAAGCUUUUGUAAUGCUCCUGUGACCCAAGCCCCGUUGUACAAGUGGCAGUCCUUGCACAAAGUUUCUGGUGAAUCUGCCCAAUAUUUCUUUAGCGGCCUCACUAGAAUUAAAAUAUACUGUUGACAGCAAUCAGAACUGUGUUCUUUUAUAGUUAUUGUCACUAGCUGUUUGGCUGCUAGCAAAAAUGGUUUCAGCAACAUGGGAUGUAAUUUUUUACAAAACCUUUUAAAAUCUAUUUCAAACUUGAAAAUUCAUGCUUUCUCUGACUUUGCAUAUGCAGCUGUUCUUUGGUAAAUACAUUGUCAUGGUGUUCACAGAUAUUUAAAUGACUAUAUAGGAGUGUUCAAUUUUUUACAAAUUUGUAAUCUGCUUGCUUCUUACAGUUCUUUGUAUUACUCAGUAAGGAGAUCUCUGCCACAAGUCGUCACAUAGAGUUGGUUGUGACAUCAUGUCUCAAUGCCCAAUUAACUUUGAGAAAACUGUCUCUAGGAUAUACUGUAUUUGAAGGAAUGCGACUCAGAGUAGCUAUUAACAUUUAAGCAAAAGUUGUUGGUUUUUGUAUAUAGACAGUGAAAUAGAAGAGGAAUCUGAAGAAGACGAAGAUUAUAUUCCUUCAGAAGACUGGAAAAAGGUAAUACUAUAUUAGCAUAUGUGGCUACCAUAUAAAUAAAUAAGGUAUUCUAGAACAUUGUGAGUGCCCUUUGGGUGCAGGCAUCAGAGGGUUUGGAGUGAUUUUCAGCUCCAGCUGGUGUGCCCACUAAGGCUAUUUCUGGAAUGAGACACCCUCACCACAGUUCUGCAUGUUCUGGCCACCUCCUGUUCAGGCUACCGUAAUGCCCUCUAUGUUGGGUUGCUCUAGAAGACUGCCUGGAAACUGCAGAUAGUGCAGGAUGUAGCUGUAGGAGUCCUUACAGGCACUUAUGUACAAUGUUAUGUAAAACCUAUUCUGUGGGAUCUGAACAUCUUCAUAUUUGUUACCAGGGCCAAUUCUUUGUGCUUAAACUAAUAUAUAAAGCCCUUCACGUCUUGUGGGUACACAUUUGUUGAACCACCUCUCCCCAUGUCAGCCCACACUCUUGAAUUUGGCAGAAAACCCUGCUGGUGGUCCAGCUAGCAGCUUCAGUUCACUGAGUGGAGACCUGGCGCAGGGCCUUAUCUUUAGUGGUGCCACAGUUAUUGAACUCUUCCUCCUCUUAGCCAUAGCUCUAAUGGGUGCCCACUGCAUGUGAAGGGCACUUGUUCACAUGAGCAUGUGAAGGGCAUGCCUGAUUCUUAGUCUCAAUUUGCGCUGUUGAAAUGAUUGUUGUUGGUUAUUUGCUGUUAUUUUUAUUGAUGCCAUUUGAUUUGCUAGAUGGAAACUACCUUGGGGUUAUUUAUUACUUUUAAGUAGUAUAUAAGAAGACAAAAUCAACUGUAUUGUGAAACAUGUUUUUGUUGGCAACUUCUGCACAUUUGUGUCACUUUAAAAAAUGGAAACAAUACAACUCCACAUCUUUUUAUCAUCCUUAUCCAAUCUGAAAGCCGCACACUGAACAAUUUUGACAGAUAAUUGACUGUUCAGAAGGGAACGUUGCUGUCACUUCAUAGCUUGUCCACAGGUUAAAUGGAUGGUGCUACCUCAAUACAGAGUACUUACCUCAUUAAAGUGAGGUAAUUUUCUCAAACUGCAUUUUCUAGUGAUUGGAUGCAUUCAUAUUGUGUUAAACCUACAUAUUUUUAAAUAAUAUACAUAGAUAGCAACAGAUGGGUGCUCAGUUACACUUCUGGUUAUUGUGAAUGUGUUUUUUUAUAUAGGAAAUCAUGGUGGGCUCCAUGUUUCAAGCUGAAAUUCCAGUUGGGAUAUCUAAAUACAAAGAAAAUGAAAAAGGUAAACUUUAAUUGCUGUUAAUGCUAUGGUGGUAAUUUGAUCCAAAUUAAGAGAUCUGACAAAUUUGAGGUAAGAUGUUUAGGGGAAAAGGUGGCCAAUGAGGUUCAUGAUUGACGUAAACUUUAGCAGUUCUCAUAAUGUUGCAAUGUGAUUAUCACAUUAAUUCCAUUGGUAAAAGUUACUAUUCAUUAAUUUUAUCAUGUUAAAAAUGAUCAUGAGAGUGACUGCCUAUAAGAAUCUUUAUUUUGGUUACUGGAAAACUGCUGUGUAAGGAAUAUUUAUUUAUUUAGGCAAUAGUAUAAUUGUAUUCAGCUGAAUUUCCUGGUCUGGAACUGACAGAUGAAGUAACAGCUAUUAAGACUCUCAUAGUCCAGGGCUUCAUCACUGGGCAACACCUGCUGAUCUUGUAGCAUUUGGCUCUGGUGGCAGGUACAAGAGGUGCUGAGGAAGCAAAGGUGUUAGAAGUCUCAAUCCCCAAUGCUUUUUGUCAUGAAUGAUGAGUGAAUACUUACUUUGUUGCACACAGCUUCCCAUCAGAGCAAAGUGAUAGAACUGAGUUGCCCACUUACAAGAGUUAGACUUUGCAUAAUGUCACCAGUGAAUAUAUAUCUUUCAAGUUGCCGCCAAUUAUUAGUGAACCAGUAGAACUCAACUCUUCAGGUUUGCCAGUUUUACAGCUCAGCCCUGUGUUAUCUACUCAGAAAUAAGUCUGGUUUUCUUCGAGAAAACCAUACAUUCUGUGUAGAAUUAUUGGCAGAAAUGCUGUCAAGGAAGUCUGUUUAGCAUUUCAGCUUGUUUUGGAGGUAAAUGGAAAGAAUUUUGGUAGAUAGGUUUAAUGAUAGAUGAUGUUAAGACAAUAUGUCUUGAUUUCUCUAAUUUAGUGUAUGAAAAUGAUGACCAGUUGCUGUGGAAUCCAGAUUACUUGUCUGAAGAGAAAGUGAUCGAAUUCCUUAAUGAAGCCUCUAGACGAACAGGUGAUGAGAGAGGAAUAGAUGCAAUUCCUGAAGGAUCUCAUACUAAAGACAAUGAGCAGGUAUUUAAGACACUUGGAACUCUUAGUGGCUUUAAAAUUCCUUGUGGUUAUUUUGUUGUGUGUCACAUUAUACUCCCUCAUCUUGGCUGCCUAAUGUUUUUGAGUGGUGCAGGAUUCGGAAUUUUAUAUGUAUUGGGAAAUAUGAAAUCUCUGUUCCUUACCUGGAUAGCUCAGUGGGUCAGAGCAUGGUGCUGGUAGCACCUAGGUUUCAGGUUUGAUCCCCGUAUGGGACAGCUACAUAUUCCUGCAUUGCAGGGCAUUGGACUAGAUGAUCCUCAGGGUCCCUUCCAAUGCUUCGAUUCUAUGAUUCUACAGCAGGAUCUAGCUUUGUCUUAACACUGGAUUUUAAAAACAGAAACAGCUGAUUUUGUUCCAGUGUUUUUAAACAAUAGUUGAGAAGAUCAUACUUUCUUCCUUCUUUCCCAGGCUUUGUAUGAAUUAGUGAAAUGCAGUUUUGAUAUAGAAGAGGCACUAAGAAGAUUAAGAUUUAAUGUAAAAGCAGCCCGAGGUAUGUAUAUUUUAUCAUUAAAAAUACCUUUAAUGAAAACAGCCAAUUUAAAAAGCUUCCUAACAUUACAAUCCCAUUAAGAGCCCUUUAAUAUAUCAAAUAUAUAUCAUCCAUCCAUCCAUUAUUUUAGAGAUCUUAAAAUAAUUCAGUUUAAUAUUUAUGGUUUUAAUUUUUUUAUUGCAAAUAUUUCAGUGAAACAAAAUAAAUGAAAAAAUGCAAAAGGAAAUGAAAGGUACAUUAAAAAAUUACAAUAAUUUAGUUUACUCUUGAGAGUUUUCCCACCCUUCAAGUGUACUUAUUAGUUACUAUUAUGUUGAUUUGUAGCUGGUUGACUGAUGGAACCCUAAGAGUGCACAUCAAUGGUUCCUCAUUAUUCUUGAAAAAGAAUGACGAGUGGGGUGCCAUAGGGUCUGUCCUGGGCCUGGUGUUGUGACUUGAAUGAAGGAAUAGAUGGGAUGCUCAUCAAAUUGCAGGUGCCACCAGAGUGUUGUACGUGUGCCCCCUAGGGUACAUGAAAGGGUUUCAAAGGGUGGGCAGCAUAAUUUUUUUGUUUUACUUUAUCAUAGGUUUUUUUAGCUGCAUAAAGCAAUUCAAAUAUAAAAUAAUAUUAUUAAAACUACCCCCAAAUUACAUUCGCCUGAGAAGGUGGUGCAGUGGUAAGACAAAACUCAAAAGGCAUAUACGAUUAUUGUACCUUUCGGAAAUGCUGCCUCAGAAUAUAGAAUCGGCAUUCAAUAUGCCUUUAACAAGUUGGAGAACUGGGCCAAAACUAUCAAAAUGCAUUUCAGUAGGGACAAAUGUUUAAGGAGAAUAUCAAAAAGCUGAAUCUGUGCAGAGGAGGGCAACCAAGAUUUAUCAAGGGUCUGGAAACCAAGCCUUAAGAUAAACAGUUGAGGGAGUUGGGUAUGUUUAGCCUUGAGAAGAGAAGACUGAGAGGAGCUAGGAUAGCCAUCUUCAGAUAUCUAAAGGGCUGUCACAAUAUGGAACAAGCUUGUUUUCUGUUGCUCGGGAAGGUAGAAUCUGAACCAAAAGAUAAAAAUAACAAGAAAGGAGAUUCUAAAUAAUCAUUAGGAUGACUUUUCUGACAGUAAGAUCUAUUUGAGAUUGGAAUGGACUGCUUCAGAAGGUGGUGGACUCUCCUUCCUUGGUGAGGAAUAAUCCGAGUUUGGGUGGCUAUCUGGCAGAGACGCUUUAGCUGCCUUGCGCUAGAUGACCCUUGUAGAUCUCUCCCAACUCUAGAAUUCUGUGAUUCUAAAAGUUCUAGUUUCUUUAAAUAUAACUGAGUCCUAGUAAAAUUGUCCAACUAUAACAUAUAUUCAGGUAGGUAGCUGUGUUCGUCUGACAGUCGAAAUAAAUAAAUAAAUUUUAAAAAUUGUCCAGUAGCGCCUUAGAGACCAACUAAGUUAGUUCUGGGUAUAAGCUUUCAUGUGCAUGCACACGAAAGCUUAUACCCAGAACAAACUUAGUUGGUCUCUUAAGGUGCUACUGGACAAUUUUUAAAAUUUAUUUAUUUAUUUCUAUAACAUAUAUGCCUAAGUAGAUUUGAUACAGCAACUAUGCACACAUCUGUCUCACUCAUAUAUAAAGUGGAGGUGGGGUUAAUAUAUACUAUGUUGUAAUACUGUUGUGGGAAAACAACUUAAAGUUUAAAGCAGCAGAAUACAACAUUAGAUGUGAUCUGCUAAUUAGAUAAGAUUGCACAGGGUGCAACAAGGCAAGCAUUUCGCUCUCCAUUUGUGCUUUUUGUGUAAAUAGUAAACAAUCCCCUCCUGUUCAAUCUCUCUCCACCCAUCCCCCCAAAGUUAUGGUUAAGAGAUGUCUGCAUAUGACUAUGUAUAUUGGCUAAUUUUUUGACUUAGAGCUGAGGCACUGUUAGUGGGUGGUUCCCUAGACCAGAGGAUGGGAGGUUGCCUGGUCUCGAUGAGGUUACACUCCCUCUGAAGGAGUAGGUCUGUAGCUUGGGGCUACUCCUGGAUCAUUUGCUGUUGGUUGAGGCUCAGGUGGCCUCAGUGGUGUGGACCACCUUCCAUCAGCUUCGCCUGGUGGCCCAGCUGCACCCCUAUCUGGACACGGAUAGCCCAACUUUAGUUGUCUGUGCUUUGGGAACCUCUAGGCUAGAUUACUCAAAGUGAUGCAUUGUACAUGGGGUUGCUUCUGAAGGCACUUUGGGAACUUCAGCUGGUGCAGAAUUCAGUGGCUAGGGUGAUCAUCAGGACAAGAUAGCUUGAGCAUAUAAUGUAUAUCCUGACCCAUCUACACUGGCUGCCAGUUAGUUUCUGGGCCCAAUUCAAAGUGCUGGUUUUGACCUAUAAAGCCUUGAAUGGAUCAGGAAUGCAAUAAUCUCAAGGACCGCCUCUCCCGAUACCAUAUUGGCCUGAAUAUAAGCCUCACUUUUUUUUCCAAAUUCCAACCAUUAAAAGUUAAGGUGCAGUUUAAAUUCGUGUCCUUACAAAAAUGGGCUUUGACGAUUCAAUGCUGAAACAGACAUAUGGUAAAAUGGAACCAAAAAAAAUGUUUUAUUGCCGAUUUGUAAGCUCAAGACUGUUCAUUUGCCAUUUGCAGGUGUGAGUGCCUGCAGAAUUGUAGCAAUUGAAUAGCAAUUUGCCAUUUGAGCAAUUGUAUGAGCUGGCAAGAUCAAAGGCUUAAAUGGGCUCGGAGUUAGAAUUCUACCAACCGCAGCAAUUUUUAGCCUGUAACCCAAUUUUAAGGGAGCGGCUUAUAUUUGGCUAUUGUCUUUUUUUUUCUCCCCACCCCCCACCCCGAAUUUUAAAGGUGCGGCUUAUUUGAGGGUGCGGCUUAUAUUCAGGCCAAUACGGUAUAUACCAACCUGGACUCUGCGAACAUUAUCUAAAGCCCUUCUUUGUGUCCCCUUCCAUUAGUAUUCUAUGGCCUUUUCAAUGUUUUCUUGUUCUUGGUUUAUUAUGUAAUUUGUGUUCUCUUUUUGUAUUUUUAUGUUGUGAACCACCCUGUGAUCUUUGGAUGAAGGGUGGUAUACAGAUAAACUAAAUAAUAAAUUUCAUUUAUAUGCUUUUGUAUUAUAUUUCUUAAAUUCAGAGGAACUAUCUGUCUGGACAGAAGAAGAAUGUAGAAAUUUUGAACAAGGAUUGAAGGCUUAUGGAAAGGAUUUUCACUUGAUUCAGGCAAACAAGGUUAGUGAAUUGGGUAAUGAUUUAAAGACCAAAGUGCAAUAAACCUGGGUGUAGAACAAGAGACUGAGUAAUCCAGAGCAAAAAUUGCCUUAACGUUCCAUAUCUGCCUCUGAGCAAGACUGUGCUAUUUACCCUAUCUAGCUUAACAUGUAAUGUGGUGUUUUGGGAGGGAGAAGCAAAGGCAGUUUGCUUGGCUGGUCAUUCAGGGGCACACCCCUAAGGUGUUCGGCAAGGUGUUAAUCUGCCUAAAUGUCCCCAUUUUGAACAAUCCCUCAACUCCAAGGUUUGUCAUCUCAGAGUGUGUUUCAUAAGUCUAUAUAGAAAGCAGAGUAAGUAUUUGGUUUACUCAUUUUUCAAAGGUACGGACAAGAUCUGUUGGAGAAUGCAUAGCAUUUUACUACAUGUGGAAAAAAUCGGAACGAUACGACUUCUUUGCUCAACAGACACGAUUUGGUAAAAAGAAGUACAACUUGCAUCCUGGUGUAACGUAAGUUGUAAUCAAUUUUGGUUGGUUUUGUGUUUGUGUAGAAAUAGGAAAUGAAUGUGUGCUCUUCCUAGUCAGAGUUCCACGUAGAAGAAGCCUGGUCUCGCCAAAGUCUAGCGUUUGAAUCUAGGUCUCCCUAAGUCUAGCAUUCAGUUAGAUUCUGAUCUAAGUCCAGCAGGCUGGCUCUCCUAGCACAGCAGCUCUUGUCUGUCUUUUUUAGUGCUUUUUGGCCAGGGAGCCUUCAAAGUGGUGAAUAAAUACCUGGCAAUUAUUAUAAUUGGCCAGCUUACAGCAUAUCUAAAAACGGUAAAAACAUCAAGCAGUAAAAACCUCCCGAUACUACAGUACCCAGCAAUGUAAUGUCAAACCAAGGGAGUAGAGUUCCAUGAAAAAUAGUAGCUGGCAUAAUUGUCUCCAAGCAGUUUGAUUUAUUAGACUUGUUAGUCUCUUGUUACAUAGAAGUUUGCUGUGACCUAACAGCAAAAUAAGCAUAAAUAAAACACAUUUUGGAGUGAGUGACUUGAUGGAGACUUCAGUUUAAGAAUGUGUAUGCCACCCUCCAAUGGAAAAUGAACAGGGUUGCUUACAAAGAAGUAUAAGACACAUAAAGAACAGAUAUGAGUGGCAUAAAAUACCAUAAAAGCAUGGGGAAACUUUAAAGGUGUUUUGCCAGGCACUGCCAAGCCUUCCUGAGUUUCAUAGAUGGUGUAGCACCAAUGGCAAGAAAUAGUUGAUGUUGUCUUAUGAAGUCUUGUUUCUUUAUCAAGUAUGAACAAUAUUUUUGCCAGUUGUGCAGUACUGCUUCUUUCUACAAUUGAUGUCCUUGCAAAAUUUAAAAUUAAUUUGUACAUAGACUGUUGUGUGCUUUCCACUAAUGUUUGUCAUACUGGAAUGAUGUUCUAGAGCAGUGUUUCCCAACCAGAGGCCAUAUGGCUCCCUGGGCCCCCCAGGAUAUUCCAGUGGAGCCACAGGUGAAAAUUGCAUAAAUGGGGCACCACAGCACGAGGGGCCACAGCGGGAAGUGAGAACUGAAGGGGGGGUGAAGCACUUUUUUAAAAUCCUGAUUGGCCGACUAUCCGCUUGGUCAAUCACAGGUGGGUAAGGGGGCGGCCUACUAGGGCCUAGUGCUCCUUUUUGCCCCGUGCAUUUUCUUGGAGCAGUCCUGGUUUCAUUUCCGGUGGAGAGGGCGAUCACUCUACUGCUGUUUUGACCAGUAGAGCCCACGAUCCAGAGCCCCCAGGUCGGGUAAAUGCGGUAGUGGGGUGGCAAUGGGUAGGGCUAGGCAAGCUGCUUGCGCCCGGUGGCAACCUGGGCUGACUCUGCAAGCCACAGGGUGCAAUCCACCCCAGCCCCAAGUGUAUCAGAGCUGUCUGCCCAAUUCUGCAAGGCAUGGGGUGAAAUCCACCCCGGUGCCUUGCUGAGUGGGGUCGUCUGGUGCUACUGGCUUGCAUCAAGUAAAUAACUGUCUACUCAGAAGAACGCCACACUGAGUUCAGUGGGCCUUACUCCCAGGUAAACGUGAGGGUAUAGUGUUUUAUCUAGGCAGCCAGGGCUCCUCCAGAUGACAAGAUCUUUUUGCAGCAGGUCUAUCCAUGCUGAAGAGCAAAUGUUUUCUUUCUGCCUUUAAGGGAUUACAUGGAUCGACUCUUAGAUGAAAGUGAAAGUGCUGCAUCUAGUCGGGCUCCCUCCCCACCUCCCACAACUUCUAACAGCAGCACCAGCCAUUCGGAGAGAGAGGACAGCACAACCAGCAGCAGUAAUCAAAAUGGUAUCUAAAAUUUAUAUGUCCUUAGUAUACCUGAAAUCUCUUAAACUAAACAUUUUCCCAAAGCUCAUUGCAGAUAUCCUGUGGGCAUUGUGAACAGUUCUAUAAUCUACACUUGAUUCACAAACAGACACAAGUGGUGUGGGGCUGUAAACUCAAAUGGGAAAUUUCAUAAACUAAAGUGGAUUGCGGCAAUUACAUAGCCUUUGUAAUGGUAGAAUUUACUUACGUUAUGCCCGUAAAUGGUCAUAAGUUUAAGUACUUGUUCCAAAAUGCAAUUUUACAGUCCUUGCUCAUAGUCUUUCUUUGUUUCCUUUAUGAUAUAGGUGUAUCCACGAAUGGGCCAGGUGAACUAUCAAGUAAAGAAGAAGUGAAAAUUGAGGGAUUGCACAUAAAUGGACCAACAACUGGCAAAAAAAUGCCUCUUGUGGAUCUUGAUACAAAUGGCUAUGAAACUGAAAACCUUUCCAAUCAUUCUAAACUUGCUCAUUCAAAUUCAAAGAAUGAAAAUGAUCCUGAAGAAAAAAACGAAAGACCUGCAAAGAGGAGAAGAGUCAAUAGUAAUGAGAAGGAGAGCCCAGGUUCCUCAGAGAUUUACCCAGAAGCAGUGACCCAUGGAAAGUUUGAAGAACAGGAGAUGGUAGAUGACUGAAUGUUUGGCUUUAGUCCUUCAAGCAAUUUUUGGGGUGUCCAAAAUUUUCAGGGUUGGUAGGUUACCCUUACAGAUUCAAAUCCUUUAAUAUAAUUUAUUGAGAUUUUGAAAUACAUUUUGGUUGCUUCCUAAUCCUGACUGAAGAAGUUACAACAUACCUUUAAAAUCUUGAAUGAUACAUUUAAUUGGAGCACGUUCUAUUGAAAAGGACUGCUUCCUGUUUAGCAUUUCAAGGAAAGCAUACAUAAACUACUGUGCAAAAUACACUCUGGAAAGACAUCAAUAUCAAAUUCCAUAAUAUUAGUUAAAAUUGUAAAGCAGGAUUCAUAAAACAAGUGAGGAUCUGAUGAUAGUUUAUCAGUCCAUAGGAAGAGAAGCAGUGUUGGGUGGUUAAGGAAUGCCUGUAAAUCCUGAAAGUUGUAUGUGACAAAAUAUUUUUUUAUAUAUAGAAAUAUUUAAAAAUAAACCAAGUCAGGUUUGUAUAUGUAAAAUUGUUGACAUCAGUGAUGUCUUUCCAUAUUCUUAUCUGGAUAUAAGAGAUACAUUCUGUAUUUUUCCAGAUUCUUUGUAGCCUUUGAAAGAUUUUUACAAUACUUAAGUCAUGAUUGAGCUGUAAUUUCUAAAAACAAGUGUGUAAUUUUCAUAACUUGUACAGUAUGGUAAACUUUUACGAGAUUUGAUCUGUCAGCUUCAUUUUAUUUUGCUAAAGCUUUUUUAUUAAAAAAAAAAGAGUUAUAGUCAUGUUUCAGAAAGCGGUAAAAUUUUUAAAUAUUUAAAAUUCACACCCAAUUAUGAAUAUCAUAAUUUUUCAAAUUUCUAUCUUGAGACAAAUGGUGACUUAGAAUUUUGGAAUUUAGGACGAUGCUUUGAUUGCACAAGUGUUCUUGCUUUUAUAAUUCUUUUUCAGAUUUAUUUUUAUGAUGAGACAACCUUAAAUGCUUUAAUGUUGCUAAAUCUUGUUAGCCAAGGUCAGGCAUUACAUUGUUCAUUAAUUAUUUUUACAUUUCAGUGAGCACAGUGUAGUUGUGAAAUGGGUCUGGUAGCCUUGAUGAGGACAAAUGCACAGCUCGUAUUUGGGCCUGAUCAUACAUUCCAAGGAAUUCACUUGGAUUUAUGCUGCUUACUGUUUCUUAGGAAGCAGAAGUCUUUGAAUAAUUAUUGCAUAUGUAUGUAUGAAUAUGCCCGUGUCUGUGUGGUACUGUAAAGGCUGGUAACCUUUUUUAAAAAAUAAUUUGCUUGACAGAUGUCCUUGACAAUGUGGCAGGAAUAGUCCCUGUAGCCAUGAGUCCCAUCCAUAAGAGGAUUUGGAUAAUGGCCAUGGUAGAGGUUUGCCAUGUUUGUCCCUUAUUGCCAUGUAAAAUGACUCAUUGGAAGUAUUGUUUUUGUUGCUUUUACAUCAGGCUAUCUGUAGCUUUCUCCCUCUACUUGUCUUGAGGCUUGCUUUAAAGGUUACAACCAUGCUGUUUCAAGUUGGCCCGAUAACUCUGUAACUUGGCAAAAUGUGUGAUGUUUGGUCUUAAUUAUGUGAACCUCCAUUUCAUUGUAGAUGUCACUUAAGUUAUUUAAUUAUUAAUAGAGCCCCCUGCUUUCUCCUGAAAUGUUUUGGCAGAAUAUGUGAUCUAACUAACAGGGCUAAUAUUUAUUGUCUAGAGCUCAGAAGCAGUGCAUCUCCCAGCAGGCAUGACUUGCCUCUAUAGAUUAAACCAUUCAUCUUGUAAACUGAACUGCUUUUGGGAGGUGACAUAGUUGGCAGGACCCAGAUUUGUUAAAUAUGGGAAUCCAAAGUUUUCAUAGCCUCGUAUCAAAGAUUGUUUCUAUAAAGUAUGUUAGAGCAAGGCAGCACAAUGCUUUUAGAAAUCUUAUUGCAACUAUUUUUCUUCCUUAUCUAUAUAUUUUGCAAGUGGAAAUGCUUGCAAUACAAUUCAUAGGAAAGUUUCUAAGUAUAUUGUUCUCAGGCUUGUAAGUAAAAUAUAGCACUGUGUACAUUUUCAGAAUUUUACUUUGGUCUUUGAUCUUACUUUCAAUGGUAUGCCUAAGAAAAGUCCUGACAUUCCAUAAUCAAUAUGUAAUGCUCAGCUGUUCAUUAAGUAUUUAAUUGUAAUGUGCAUUUUGUUUAUCCAGGUGUUUAUACAAUAUUUUAUUCAUGUUCCUUAAAAUGCAGCCACUAUAACUUGAUAAGACAUUGCACUAGUAGUACUAUUUAAAGUUCUAGUAAUAUAGUAACCUGUCCAAGAAGCUUUCAGUUCUGUUUGGAAAAGGAAAAAAAAACGCUUCCAAAUUGGAUUGAAAAGUCAGUGCAGCUUGUGUAUAGUAAUUGUAAUGUAUAUUUUUAAGCACUAUUGUGUCAUGAUCCAUGAAGUGCAUUGCGUGCAGUCUGAAUCAAACCUUCAAUUCAACAGGUCUGAUUGUUGGACUUUAUAAAAGGGUUUAAAGUGAUAUUUUGAAAGAAAUUAAAAAUUUGCAAAUUAGUUUUUAUAAAUUUUUCACCUAGUACUUUUGCACUGUUGGUAAUCCCUGUGUCCCUUCCCUAGUUCGCCAUCUGCAAUUCUGGAAAAGCUGAUUAUAAAGUAUUUUUUUAAACACAUUGCUUACAUAAAUACAACUGAAUAUAUUAAGAGUGGAACUUCUGUUUCUUUUAAGAGAAGCUUGUGUCACUAAAGCUUGUGGAACUUUUCUGAUGGUGUAUUUGGACUAUUCAGGAGUAAGUCUUCACAGCCUUGCACGUUGAACUUUACAUGUGUGUUAUACUGAUGUAUCAUUAACAUUUCAAAACAAUUCAGGUCAGGAGAAGAGAUUCUUGAAGCCAUAGCUCUAGGCUUACUGUAUGAUCAGCCAUGACUUCUGUGUUACAAAGCAUUAUGGGAAACAACGGAAUCCAUCACUUAUUGACAUGCUGCUGGGGUCUUGAGUGACAAUAAUUCAAGUCAAAUGCUAUUCAAACAAAAUUCACUAUCGAAGUGGUGAGUAGAAUAGUGCACCUGUAUUGUGAUACACCAACCAGAUAUACUUAUUUGCAAACAUUACCAGUAACACAUUUACCUGUUACUGAAAAAGAAAAUGGUUUUAAUUCUGAUAAACCCAGUAAUAAAACCAACAAAUUUUAAAACUGAGACAUGGAAAAAUUGUCUCAAAAUUUAUUUCUAAGCCAGUACAAAAAUACAUAUGGACAUAAAAUUCCUUCUGGUUUCCUCUUACUUACAGUAUAUAAAGCCUACAGAAUAUACAUUUUUUUAAAAAAGUUGACCCUUAAUGCUAGAAUUCUCAAUCUUGUAAAUAAAUUCUAUAUAGGAAAAUAGUUAAGAGGAAAAUUAACAGCAUACAAAAUAAACUAGUAAGAAUUUUGUUUUAUCUUCCCAGUGUAUGUAGUAUCUUAUAGAACUUGGCACUGCAAAGUUUUUACAAAAUGCAAAUGCAUUCAGAACAAUUUUACAUGAUUUUUUAAAAAAAUCUCUGUAACAAAUACCCUGAGAGCAACUGCCUCAGUACAGCAGAUUAGAGAGAGAGAAAAAUACAAGAAUUUGAUUGUAUCAGGAAUUCAUUAUACAUAGAUGACAUUUUCUGUAGUCAGGCCAUGCAACUACUCUUAUUUGCACAAAUAUUUACAUAUAUUAUUCUCUACGAACUUGUGUUUUGCAGCGUUUGGUACUUUUAGGCAGGACUCUUGUGCAAGGGAAGAAAGUAAGACAGGCAAUGAUGUGGUGAGUAAUACCAUACAUAAUUGCUAGAGUUGUAAAAUGUAUGUGGUGUUUGUUUGAAGUGAAUGGAAUGUCUUGUAUUCUGCAUAAGAAGCCAGUAUAGUCUUUCCUAAAAAAUGAAUACUUAGGCCGAAUUCUCAGUUGUUUAGAUUUGAAGUUGGUAGGGGAACUGAAGUAUUAUAAAGUAUUAUAAAGUGGCUAUAGGUAACUGCGACCAUGAUAAAGUACAAAUCCAACAAAAAAGACGAUACACACCAUUCAUUUCAAUGAGGCCCAAAAAGAAGCUACAGGACUCUACUGAAAUGAAUGACAUUAGUGCAACAUGACUAUCUGGUGUGUUGUUUCUAUUGGUUUGCGACCAGUGAUUGCAGCUGUAGAAGCCCAACUCUCUAAAAAGCAAGUAUGUAUGAAGUGUGCAACUGGGGCUUAUAUAUGCAUGCACACACAAUAUGUUGAGGUUAAUGAAUGGGAACAGGGUAACAAUUAAACUGUAACAUGCAACUUCAGAUCAAGGUGGCUCUUUAGUAUUUAUGUAUCUAGUCUCUCCUGUUUUCAGCCCAUAAUAUAUAGCUGUGAUCAAGAAACCUCAAACUUCUAAGGAUUUGAGGGGAAAGAUGUGCCACAAGAAAGGGGAAGAUGCUGAAUUUAUGGAUUACAUUUUUUAUACUGCUGCUUCAUCUUCUUUAAGACUGGAAUAAUACAGGAAGAUAGACUUUAUGGAAUAACUGCCCCCCCCCUUACAGUGGCUUUCAUAACACAAUCUUCUGAAACAAAAAUAGACCAAAUGUUAUUGGGCUAUUGGUGUGCAACUGCUUUGCUGUUAAAAUUUACCUCCUUUUUAAGUCUCUUCUCAGUAGCCAGCAGCAUGUGCAUUUUUCCUUUUGGAUAAGGCGUGGUCAUAUUCAAAGCAUUGAAAGGUGGAUCUUUUGAAAUGGGUGGGAAAGGGCAUCACACACCAAGAAACUUACUAAGGUUUAUAAAGUAUUUUUCCCAAUGUUCUGUAACAUGAAAGGUUAUGAACAGGGCAGAAUGCAUACCAAUGCCAUAGAAGCAGAGAAAAGGGUAACAGAUGCAGAUUCCAGAGACAAUAUAUAACUUAGCAACAAUAAAUUUGACUGAGGGUCAUGGCUUCAAGCCCCAUGUUGGACAAAAAGAUUCCUUUCCCCUCAAAUCCCUGCACUGCAGGGGGGUUGGACUAGAUGAUCCUUGUGGUCCCUUCCAACUCUACAAUUCUAUGUGUGGCCAUAUAUGUAGGUUGUGCUUACACAUCAGUAUGUUUUAGUCUGAAUGGUUAACGCUCUUCCCCUUACAUUGGAAGGAGUAACAAAUCAUGAACCCUGGCUUUGCAUUACAUCCAAGCAGAGCAUUGAGUGUUGGACUUGGCUUACCAAGAUUGCUGGUAUGAGCUUAACACUAACCAGGGAUCACUGGUUAUUGUGCUAGAGGAUGAGCAAUCUGUGUAAACACAGUACACAAUUAACUAUGAUUUAUUAUGUGCAAGCCUGGGCCAUUUUUAUGUUGCAUUAGAUAAUACACACCCUUGUUUCAAACCAUGCUUGAAAGUGCACCAGGCCUUGUCCUCUACAAUCUCAAAAAUCUGUUUACUGGCUGAACAUUUCCAGUUGUUGGGAGUUUGGCUUCAAUGCCUGGUUUAGCUCUUUGCUUCUUCAACAAAUGAAACCUCCCUAAACUUUGCAAAAUAGUAAUUGUAUAAUUUAUGUCACAUUAUUCACCUUUUUUAAAGUGCAGAAUCUGGAUUGAAUGGAGACUUUUACUCUGAAAAUAAAACAUGUACUGAAGUUUAAGCCCUGUAAAAAUCAUUGGUAAAUGUCAUCAACUAGGUGAUGACCUACACCCAAAGAAACCAAUCUGAUAAAUUGCUUCUUUUGGUACUGCAAAGGUAAAUCCUAGUAUUAGUCUCAGUUGCAUCAUGAACCUCCAUUUGAUAAAAGGUACACAGGACGUGGGGGUUAAGAACUGUAGCCAAGAUUCCUUAAAUACUGCGCUUUACUAAAUGACACUUGAAGGAACAUGAUACACCAAGUCCUGAAUGUAUGAAGUGGUAUGUAAAGUUAAGUAUAUGGAAUGUGUUAGUUUUUGCUGGUCCAAAGUCGGGUCCAGAUUGCUAGCUUCCAAGCUAGGUUUGCAGCUUGGAUGCAGAAGUUUUUGGUGGUUUAGGAUGAUUUUUCUAUUAAGAUACUUUUCUUCGAUGCAGCGAGAGAAACUAUAGUGGAAUUUUCUCCCCAGAACACGUUUUAUGCAAGUUGUCUUGUUGGCCUGCCCUUUAACCAAGGUUAAGGAAAGCAGCCUCUGAAUGAGCUACGGUAUUGAAAAUUAUCACCAUGGAGUCUAGAUUAGAACCCGUUCAUCUGCCUCAUGAAAAGAGGCUGGCUGUUGCCUCAUCUGGCUUUAGUGUCAUUAGCAUGUGUGGGCAGGCAGCAAAGUUCCUAUUUAUGUUGAAGUGCUUCUGUUGGCUGCAGAUCCUGAAAUUUCUCUUCCACACCUGAUGAAAAUUGUUGGUGAUCUCUCUACCUAUAUAAUCUGAUGCUUCCCUAAUUAGCAAAGCCAAUUCUAUUUUGCAUUUUAGUUAAAGGCAUUUAAAAUCUCUGGCACUGAGAGAUUAGCUGUAAUUCUCCUGUUUUUAACUGACAGAAUAUAUUGAAUAUAUUUAUAGACCUUGUGUUCCUCAAUUUCUCCAUCUAAAUUUCAAAAAAAUGUAUUUUCAAAUUAUUUUUGGAACUUAACCAUUUUUCUUAAGAAAAAUGCUGUUAAAUACUGUUUCUAAUAGAACUUGGGAGUUUCGGCCUCUCCAACCUGCAUCAGUACUAUUAUACUUUUUUAUUGUCAGUUGGUUAGUCUUGGAUACACAGGGUGGAAGUACCCAGGUGGGCAAAAAUGCAAAUAUUACAAAUAACUUUAUUAAAUAUAAUUAUUACAAAUAACUGAAUUUGUAUGGCACUGGUUCAAUAUUCUUUUACAUCUGAAUUGUCUUUAGCUACUUAGUCCCAACAGUUUUGGCUACCUAGUUACAAUGUUUUAAGUUAUAACUUGCUUAGAGUUCGAUUCAUUUUUGCAGAUUCAUACUGAGGGCAUUACAAUGUUAUGAAAAGAAUUCCUUGCAAAAGAAUCCAUUUGUUCUUGCCGAUUCUUGAAUAAGAAAAUCCCACCUAACUACUGUGCUUUACAAGUCUCUUAGGUACAAAUACUGCUGAAGUUAAUAAUACUUUACUGUGGGCCGAAAAGUUAUUUCCAUUGGGAUUUAAGUGAUUUGAAUUGCAUCCUUAGUUACUACAGUCUAUGCUUCAUUUCGAUGAGAAAUUGAUUGCUAUCUUAUGUUGAGUGAAUUGAGUCAACACUGGGCCUUUUAGCACAAUAGCCUCAGUUCAUUUUGAAAUAUUUAGGACAUGUUUUCUUGCUCCACUCAAGAUUAUAAAAGCUAUAGAGCAUAAGAAGUAUUUGUCUUCACAGAUGGUGCAAGAUAGGCUGUGACUGUUUAAGCCUUAUUCCUUUCAGCCUAGUGUUAAUAACCAGCUGUACAUUUUGUGCUAUCAGUUAAAUAUCUCAUUCUAAAAGGCAGCGAGCAAUCUUCAUAUUGGGUACUCUCCAUUUGCACAUACAAUUCUAUUCAGAGAUACGGCACAUUCUAGCGAUUUGUCAGCAAUCACGGCUGAAAAUCAAGAGCUACUGUUGGUAAGUGACCCUUUUGUCAUACAGAGCUUUUCCCUUUAAUGUCCAUCUUGAUGCUAACUUCAGACUGCUUGUUCAUUUGCUCUUCUGUAAAGGUGAUGUAAGAAUACACCAGGCUUCCAGCAAUACUGCAAGACACAGAUUUUUUUCAGGUGAAAAAUACAGCUUAAACUCAGUUCUCGAGUCAUACUAAGUAAACUCAAUUCGUAUUUUACAUUCUACUAAACACUACAGACAAGUAGAAAAUGUUAGCAGCCCAGUUAAUCGAUAGUAGUCUGCUUCUAAUGUAAGGACAGCAGGUAGUUGAAUUAGGUGGCAAGAACAUGUUAUCAGGUUUAUGGUGGUAAAAGUAAACUGUAAAUGUGAUGAAUUGCUGCCUUUUUGCCUGGCUUCAGUUGUGUGGUUCUUCACAACAGCUGCAGUUUUCUUUUCUAACCUCUUACAACUCCCUGAUCCUAGCCAGAAUAAAGUUAGGAGGCUUUCAUUCCAUAGGUAUUUAUGGCACACAAAGCCUGCUGUAAGUGGAACUGUAACUGACUUUCCAAACUAGGGGGAAGAUUCACAAUGGUUCAUCAUACCACUUGAAGCACACCACAUAUUCAGUGUAACUCUUGUAGUGGGUGCUAUUAUAUUGUAAACUCUGUGUUUGAGUACAAAAGCAGCACAGUCAUAGCUUGGUUUUCAAACAGCUUAGUUCUCGAAUGUUUUGGCUCCCGAAUGCUGCAAACCUGGAAGUGACUGUUGUAGUUUGUGAACUAUUUUUGGAAGCCGAACAUCUGAUGGGGCUUUGUUUUCUGGAUGUUUUGGAGGCUGAACGGAUUCCGUUCUAUUUCCAAGGUACAACUGUAUACCGUAUUUUUCGUUCCAUAGGACGCUUCGUUCCAUAGGACGCACCUACUUUUUUGGGGGGGAAAUAAAGGAAAAAAAAUUUUCCUUUAUUUCCCCCCCAAAACCAGGUUGGGGAACAGUGCGAUGGCAGCGCUGCGCCUCCCCGUUGUCCCCCGAGCUUGUGAGGCUGGCCCAUGUCUGCCCGGCGUGAGGGGCGCUCUGCUUCAGGGCGCCCCACCCGCCGGGCGGCAGGCUGCAGACACCUGCGCGAAGCACAGGGCGUCCUCCGGAGGGCGCCCCGUGCUCCGCGCUGCAGGCUGCCGUCCGCAAGCCGUGCGCUCCCGGGGGGAGAUCCCCCGGGCGCGCAAGGCUUGCGGACACCUGCGCGAAGCACGGGGGUCCUCCGGAGGGCGCCCCGUGCUGCAGGCUGCUGCCCGCAAGCCGUGCGUGCCCGGGGGAACUCCCCCCGGGUGCGCAAGGCUUGCAGAUAGCUGCCUGGAGAGCGAGAGGUGUCGGUGCGCACCGACGCCUCUCGCUGUCCCGGCUUCAGUGAAAGCCUGCAUUCGCCCCAUAGGACGCACACACAUUUCCCCUUCAUUUUUGGAGGAGAAAAAGUGCGUCCUAUAGAGCGAAAAAUACGGUAAGUAAAAUGCUUCUGCAGCAGGGCUGGACGAUGUCAGGUUUUCAACAUCGUGAUGUACCAGCAGCUAAAUACCAUGAUCUGCUGAUAUAUCACAGAUAUUUCU